AUGUCGGGCACACUAGGGCAGAGGUUCCGACAGUCUCCGGGCAGCUAUAUUACGGAGACUGUUAUCAAUAAUGUUGUCGUCAACCAAGAGUUCACGGUGUCCGCCGUGAUGAACCUCCCGGUUGGGCGCGGAGACCAGCGUCCCGAGAUCUCUGGCUGCCUUUCACUGACCAGGGCAUCGGACACGGGGAACCUGGUAUCUGAACAUCUAGACCGGGGCUAUGCCUCCUCAACUGUGGCAGCAGAAUCCAGCGUGGUCGGCGGGAACUACGUGAUGACCUUCACAUGGUCAGAUUGCCGGAUCCGCCGGGCCGAUCAAUACCGGCUCAUCUUUGUUUUCGACGGCACUUUGCCGACGGGAGAGUCAAUCAGGGACGUAAAUCAUUGGUCGCCGCCAUUCUCCUGCAACGACCCCACUCCCAUGGUCAACGGGGUAUAG